AUGAGAUUUCUGGCAUGUAUUCUCGCCCUUCUGUGGCUCCAUGCGACUGUCGCGGCGCCGCCGGGAAAAAUCGCCGACGCCAAGGACGCAAAAGACACCACGGUCCAAUUACCAGAAGAACUCACGUCCGAAACAUUCCAGGCCUCGGUGUCUGAAAAGCUCAGUUUGGUCGAGUUCUAUUCUCCAUACUGUGGGCAUUGUAAGGACCUAGCCCCUAUUUGGGAAGAUGCAUUCCAGGCGUCGUUUCAGGAACAGCUAAGCUUGGGAAUCCAGAUGAGACAGGUCAAUUGCGUCGAAAGCGGCGAUCUCUGUGAAAAGGAAGGUAUCAACUACUAUCCGUACUUGCGUCUAUACGCUCCCUCCGUGAAAGAUGGGAAAACUGUAGGUAAACAUAUCGAUACGUUCCCUAGGACACUAAGUAAAACGAUGGAAAACAUUAAAAACUACUUGAUCAAUUCGGUGGCUGAAUUCGACUCUGACUCGGCAAACCUCAGCAGUGCCUCGGAGGAGAUCGACACCGACUUGGGCAUGGAUAUAGUAAGCGGUAACAUCGAGGAGCCUUACUUUGUGGCUCUUUUUUCAGCUACGAACGAGGAGUACGAGGGUAGCUUUUCCGAUAGCUGCUUGGAUUGUAUUGAACAUCGUCGUAACUGGGAGAAGCUCUCCAACUUGGUGGUCACCUCCUCUAAAACUGGCCACUUGAACUGUCAUUCGAACCCCAAUCUAUGCAAGAAAAUGGGAUUUCCUCAGCUUGCGAGCGGCUCGAAACUGCUAGCUCCAAGGUACGUCAUGUUUGUUCCCAAAUCUGCUGGGCGUAUCAGAUUUGAUUAUCCAAACAAGGACAUCACCGAUGUGUCAAGGAUGAAAGCAUUUGUGACCAAAUUGAGUUUGAACUACAAGUAUGAGGAAGUUAGUCCUUACGACCUACAAGAGCUAAAAGUUAUCACUCCGCAACUUCCAGAGAGCUUCAAAGAAGUCGACUUUCCUUUGGACAACAAACUUGCUGUCGUAUUUGCCUACGAUAAGAAGAGCGCUACUCCUGAGGACAAGGCAAUCAUGCCAUACAUUCUUGAAAUGGUGUCGUUAUUGCCCUUCAAUAUUGACUUAUAUGCGUCUAGCAGCGAUCUGCUUGAAAGAAUUGUUGAGCGGGAAACGCAGGCUUUGGUGGAGUACGUCAAUAAAGAUUCAACAUUUGCAGACAGAUCUUUUGAUAGGAAAAUGUUCCUCGCUGCAUCCCUUACCUUGAGGCCCACCUUGUACAUCUAUAAGGCAAACUCGUUGACUCCGGUGGUAUUCCAAACUUUUGCUCUUGAAGACAUGAGAAUGCCAGAUAAAAUACGGAAAUUCGUCGAAAAGAACGCAAAGCCAAUGCUCGGCGAGUUGACGCCUUUUGAAGUCAGUUCAUACUUCUCGAAAAGUAGUCGUAAGUCAGAGGAGGAUCGCGACGACAAGGUCCUGAUCACCUUCAUUGAUUCCAAUAAUAAGGAUGAACUUGACAAAAUCUUGUUUGACAUGUCAAUGGCAGCUCAUCAGUAUCAUCUUGAAAAGCAGGAAUAUUUCUACAACGAUCUUGUCACGAAGCGCGGAAUAAAGGACACAGAUGUGGCCAAAUUGAAGGAGGAGAAUGCGCAAUCCACGACAAUUAUCGAACGUAUGAGGAAGGAGAUUCCUCAUCUUUUUGAUCGUCACAAUGUUGUGUUCACCUAUAUCGACCUCAAAACUUUUCCUAGAUUAGCUGAUUAUCUCGGUCUCAAUAUUGAUGGAAAGCAAUACGUUCCUGGUGAUACUAUUGUUGUGAGCAAAUCUCUUUCAAAAUACUGGGAUCAAAAUCUCGCAGGCCAGCAGCUCAAAUCGACUCCACAAGAGCUCAGAAGAGUGUUGAAGCAUCUCCUCGAUCCGAAGACUACGGCCGAAAAGCCCAAAGGAUUCCGCUCCAAACUAGUAGGAAGUCCGUAUCAUAGAUUUUUGAGAGUCUUUGAUGUGGUUCAUCAGUACGGAUUCUUUGGAUACUUGAUCGCGUUCAGCGUGCUUUACGUGGGAUUAGCGCUGGUAAAACAAUACAAGAGACUGCGGAAGAAUGCUUCUUACAACCGCAGAGGCGGAAUUCUCGGGAACGGAGUGGCUAAAGCCGAUUGA